CAUUUAAAAAGUAAAUUAAAAAAAAAAACAAAAUGUUUAAGUUUCUACCAGUAGUCUUUGCCAUUUUGGCAGUUUCAGCAGCAGUAAAUUUUGAAUAUUUGGACAAUGGAAUUGAAUAUGACGUUUCACCGAACAUGAUUUCGGCAGUGCCAUUUCCAUAUCACGAGGGGUAUAUGACGAGGGGUGUAGGCAAUAGAGUAGCGAACCUCGAGCCGAGCCCAGCGUACGCCGCAGUGAUUGAACCCGAGGAGCCAAAAUCUGCAAUCGUCGCCACUAAAUUGGGUCUUGUGGCCACUGUUGUUUCCUUUGCAGUAGCCUGCGUAAAGAAAGCUAUAUUCUUCGCCAUUAAAAACUGGUCUGGUCUGAUCUUGGGAUCCGCCGUAGCCCUCGGCAUCUGCAAGCUCACUCCGCUUUGCGACAAGGGACAUACACUUAUUGAGCUUCAAAGGGAAAUCCGUUCACUGGCCACUCCUCAGAGGAUCGCGAGGGCAACCGAAAUCGUGGAAGACGCGAUCCGAAAAUAUAGUGCUAUGCAGUAAACGAAAUUA